AUGCCUGCCCCCCAGCCGAUAGCAUCGCCUCCCGGAUAUGCGUUUCCGUACCAGAACCUGAAGCGUCGCCUGACGCGGCCUGACAAGGUCCCUCUCGUUCUUGUUGCUUGCGGGAGCUUCUCCCCGGUAACGACGCUGCACUUGCAAAUGUUUGAAUUUGCGGAGAAAUAUGUAAAACAGAGCGAUCCCGGCUUCGAAAUCGUUGGCAACUACAUGUCGCCCUGCUCCGACGCAUAUCAAAAGUCAUCAUUAGCGCCGGCCCACCACCGGAUACAAAUGUGCAGCCUCGCUGUCGACACGGAUACGAAAGUGACAAUCACAAUCGAUCCUUGGGAGACGGUCCGCGUUGAUGAAUCCGGCAAGCCUCUGUACAGCCCGACGGUUGACGUGCUCCGUCAUUUCGACCACGAGAUAAACAACGUGCUCGGCGGCAUUGAGACCCUGGACGGAACGUUUACGACGGCGCGCAUUAUGCUGCUCAUCGGCGCCGACCUAGCUGCCACAAUGGCAGACCCCAAGCUAUGGGAUCCCGCUGAUAUUGAGGUAUUGCUGGGCUAUUAUGGAGCUUUUGUUGUUGAGAGGCCUGCUCAAUGCAGAACCCAAGAUGCCAUAGAGCCUCUCGAGAAAUACAACGCCAAGAUCUGGGUCGUUCCGACAAUUAUCAACGAAGUCUCGUCAACUCGCGUCCGUGCUCAGAUACAGAACGGAGAGAGAGUGGAAGACAUUCCGGAUUCCGUCUACAAAUACAUCAAGUUGCAUCACCUAUACCAGAAAGAGCCCAUGGCCAACGGCAGACACGCCGAAAUCACCAAUGGGAAUUAA